UUUGUUUUGCAGCAAUGGUAUUUAUUCAAAAAUUCACGGCAAGCUUGCGAGGAUGGAUUGGAGUUGUGGCACUUAUGGGCAUAGGAAACACCAUCCAAUGUUUUUAUAACCAUGUUUUUCUGGGAGAAAACCUAUAUAUGGAAGGGCCGAGUCAAGUGACACCAUUGAUGGCUAGGCUUUUUGGUACAUGGACCUUUCUCGCUGCCAUUGUGCGAAUAUACUGCGCCUAUGAUAUCACAAAUCGACCGUUGUAUGACAUCACAUUGAUAUCAUUUUUAAUUGCAUUUGUGCAUUUCACACUGGAGGCAUUCUACUAUCAGUCUACGGGCUUACAUGUCGGUCUGGCAACACCGUUAUUGGUCUCAGGUAUAUCCAUAGUGUGGAUGAUAAUAGGCUAUUCUUUGGUGUGGCCAAAAGAUGAUGACGACGAUGACAGAGUUACUGUGCAGAGUAGACGCAAGAAACUGAUGAAAGCCCAUUGAGGUAAAUAAAUCCCACCAUUCCAUACUGGGGUUACCAGAUGUCCAUAUUUCAGCUAGGCUGACUGAUAUUUGUUGUGUGAGAGUAAAUCUUAUGUUAUUCUGCACAUAAAGGAGGCUGAAUGUGUAUGUGGGAUGACUAGCUAUAUUUCUAAAAAAAAGUUUUUCAAUGUUUCAUCAUGUAACCAACGAAUUUUGAAAAAUCGAGGAUUUCGAGUUGAAAUAUUGAGAUUGUAAUAAUAAGAAUAUUUAAUGAUAACACAACAGCACUGGUAAUUAUUAGUCACAGCACUUUUCUUGUAGUGUAUGUGCAAAAAUAUUUACAUGAUUUUACUGAAUUUGUACUUUAUAAUACCAACACUGGUGUUUGUGCCAUUUUAGUAUAUUCUGGUUGGCAUAAACUGAUCUGAUCAAAUAGCAAGUUUUAUUAACUCACGUAAACAAAUUAUCUGUUUCCAGAUAAUUCAGGUUAUGUGUUCCUUUUGUUCUAAAAACAAUGUACAUACCUCUGUUUAUUUGAGUAUACAUCUUAGAUCCAAUUAAAAUGUCUAUAUAAUUAAAAAAUCACGUUUAAAAUGGUUCGUAAAUUCUAAGCAUACUUAAAUGUUGAGAAAACUGGUACAGACAUUGUUGCAUUAAUUUCUUUGGACUAUUAAAAUGAAAUUAAUAUGUACAAGGUUACGAGGUGAACAAAACAUAGGUGCCCAAACAUAGUAUGUAAAUGCCACCCAUGUUGUUACUAACUAAUGCUAGUACAUUGUGCACGAUGUUCGUCGCUGCAUGGUGAUGUUUGUCGUCAUUUUCUGAGGAAAUGAACGAAAUAAUACUUCUAUGGAAAACUAUUUUAUUCGGUUUUAGAUAUCAGUUUAUAUAACAUAGAAGCAACAGCUCUAUAUGCACACGUAUAUAAUAUGGACACAUAUAUAACAUGUCAAUAUGCAGGCACCAUGCCACUAUAUAAUUGUAUUAUUAUAAUGGUUCUUGUCAGCAAUAUAUACAGUUUUCACAAAACCGUUUUACAACACCUUUUAAUAAAGUUUAAUCGAGUUACUGUCAACAUAAUAAUAGAAGUUCUAUUAUUAUGUUGACAGUAACUCGAUGGUACGUGGGAACUACAGUA